GGAUUGCAGAACAGCAGAAGCAAUACUUCUCUCUUGACAGUAAGAAACGACUACUUCACCACAGGGUGAAAGUCCACUCACCGGGAGCUCAGUGCACUGGGACUUUCAAAAUCAAGGAGUCCGCCCCCACGUAAGAGAAUGAAGAGAAGAGCCUGCCUACCCGUGUGUGUGUGUGUGAGUGUGGCUGAUUCUUGUGGGUGUUUGUAUAAGUGAUUACGUGUGAGGAUAAACAUGUGUAUAUGUUAAGUCGAUUGAGUGAGUGUGUGUGUGUGUGUUUUGAGGCACCCUCAGGCCUGACAGUCAAGAUGUGUGUGACUCACUGGUCCCUGGUUGUGCUGUUGAGCUGGUGUGUAUGUGCAGGGGGGGGCUACCCCUUCAGCCCCCCCCUGGACCUGGACGUCAGCCCCCGGAUCACAGUGCCCAUCAGUGGUCUACAGGGAUGCAGGCGUUUCCAGUGGUCUACAGUCAAUUACAGUACUCUACUAUUGGAAGAAGACAGGGGUCUUCUGUAUGUGGGGGCCCGGGGGGCCGUGUUUGCCCUCAAUGCCACCGACAUCUCAGCCAACACAGCUCGAAUUAUUGAAUGGGAGGCUUCAUCUGAGCAGAUGCAGGAAUGUUUGACCAAGGGGAAAGACAACAAGACGGAGUGUUAUAAUCAUAUUCGCCUUCUCCAGAGGUUCAACUCCACUCAUCUCUACAUGUGUGGGACCCACGCCUUCAGCCCCCUGUGUGCAUACAUCGAUGAGGACAAUUUCCAGAUGUCAUCAUUGUUGGAGGAGGGCAGAGAGAAGUGUCCCUACGACCCUGCUACAGGCUACACCAGCCUCAUAAUUGACCAGCAGGUGUACACAGCCUCGCAGUAUGAGUUCCGGAGCUUUCCAGACAUCCGCCGUAACUCCCCUUCCCCUACUGUGAGGACGGAGGAGGCUCCCACUCGCUGGCUACACGAGGCUGACUUUGUGGGCUCAGCCUUGGUGAGAGAGAGCGAGGGCAGUGCCACCGGAGACGAUGAUAAAAUCUACUUCUUCUUCACUGAGAACAGCCAGGAGCAGAUGCCAACGUACAGCAACAACAAGGUGGCCCGCGUGGCCCGGGUGUGUAAGGGGGAUAAGGGGGGUCUUCUGACUCUGCAGAAGAGAUGGACGUCCUUCUUAAAGGCCAGGCUUGUGUGUUCUUUGCCAGAAUACGAAUUCCACUUCAACAUUCUGAGGAGUGUGUUCGCACUGCACGGACACAGUCCCCAGGACACACUCUUCUACGGCAUCUUCGGCCUAGAGUGGAAAAACGUAAAGGCGUCGGCUGUGUGUCGCUUCUCUUUAGCCGAGGUCCAGGAAGCCUUCCAGGGGCCCUACAUGGAGCACCAGAGCUUCAAAUGGAGCGAGUACUCAGGGAAGGUCCCAGAACCACGUCCUGGAGCAUGUAUAACGAACCAGCUGAGAGCCAGGGGCAUCAACUCCUCCAACGCUCUGCCGGAUGAUGUGCUGAACUUCGUGAGGAGGCACCCUCUCAUGGCCCAGCAGGUCCGGCCCGCGGACAGGCGUCCCCUGCUGUUCAGAAAGACCACAGACUACACCAAGAUGGCUGCUCACAGGGUUGAGGCCUUGGAUGGGGAGGUGUAUCCGAUGCUUUUCAUGGGGACAGACGACGGCUGGCUGCACAAGGCGGUGGAGGUCAAAGGUCACCUCCACAUCAUAGAGGAACUGCAGCUGUUUGAAGAACCGCAGCCUGUCGACAGCCUCGUCAUCUCUUCCACACUGAUGAGUGUGUACGCUGGAGGCUCCUCUGGGGUGGUGCAGCUGCCCCUCUCCACCUGCCUUAGGUACACCUCCUGCUAUGACUGUGUCUUCGCCAGGGACCCGCUCUGUGCCUGGGAUGGGGAAGAGUGUGUGGACACACAAACACACAAUGAGAGGGUUUAUCUGAUCCAGGACAUCCAGAAUGGGAACAAGGGCUGUGAGAACAACACAGGAGACGACCUGGUCAUGCACCGCCAUCGCUCCGUGAUGGUGGGAGACGACGUGCUGCUCCAGUGUGAGUUUAGCUCCAACCUGGCAACCCCAGUUUGGACCCUGGAGGGUCAGGAGCUACAGGGCUACGGUCUGGACUCAGGCUUCAGGACCGGCACUGACGGCCUGCUCAUCAUCAAGGCCCGGGCCGAACAGACAGGACUCUACACCUGCCACUCCCUCGAGAACGGCGUCCACGUCGCCGUUAUCACCUACAACGUAAUCGUGCGCUCGGACCUGCCCCCCCCUCCGUCCGUUGUCCUGACCGAGGACACCGAUGAGGAUGGCACCUUCACCACUCCCCCUCUACCCACCCAGCCUCCCUCUACAGAGAGGCCCCUGCCACCACCCCCAGCCCCCCUGCCUCCCCGCUCAGAGCUGCUCUCCCCCAGGAACAUGGAAGCUGUGUACCUGUCCCUGAUCACCAUCCUGGGGGGGCUGUGUCUGGUUCUCACCGUGGUUCUGCUCUAUGUGGGUUUCUGCCUCCGGGCGGGACGCAGGGGAAAAUACUCCCUACGGGCCGCUUCCGCCGCUUACCCAGACAGGAAGAGACACAAAAGGAACAGGAAACAUCAGCGCAGCUCUUCCCACCUGGAGCUCAAGACCAUCUCCAGCCACUGCAACGGCAACGGCACCUGCAACGGCGCCGCCAAGCAAUCGAACGGAGGGUUCCUCCAGAUCGUCCCAGGGGAGGGGCAUUCGUCACCCAAUAAGGAUCCUCCUCCGCCGGCCCCGCCCCUGCCCCCGCCGUCACAGCCGUCCACCCCAGGGUGCGAUUUCCCGGCCGGCCUGUCGGCCACGCUGCCCAGCGUCCUUCGGAGAAUGAACGGGAACAGCUACGUGCUCCUGAGGCAGGGUGACGCGGACGCCACCUCCCCUCACUUCUACUCCUUCACAGAGGAGCUCAACCGCAUCCUGGAGAAGAGGAAACACACUCAGCUGCUGCCCACGCCGGACGAGAGCUCCGUGUAGGGAAGGAGAGCACGCUCUCCUGGUGCUAGCAUGCCCUGGUGACUUGGAGGACUGAACUGACUCCAACUGCUGCUGAAGUGCCUAUUUUGAAGUCCAGACUUUAUAUCCAUUCCAUUCUGCCAUCAGUGCAGAUUGCCUUCACGGAGGGGACAUUUGUCCUGUUGAGAUUUUUGACUUUGAAAUGUGGACACUUACUAACACCUCACAAACACAAGAAGAGUCCCAUUCACACUGUACAUGACCUUCCCUGUACACCCAGUGUCCUAUCACAGUUCCCUGUCCCACUUUGAAAAGCCCGAUGAAGGUGGCUCACGAAAGAUAAGCUUGCCAAUAAGAGACUGUGGAAAUCUACCUCAGUUCAACAGAACUCCAGGCAAGCACAGUGUCAAUAAGGCUCAGUCCAGGUCAAUACUCUACUAGAGAACCCCCUGGAGAAGGGACGUUUGGGGGUCAAUCUGUCUAUCCUGGGCAGAAUGACGCACAUGUACCUUAACAAUAACCAUGGGAACCCCACUUUAGGAAUGGAAUGUUAUGUCCAUGAGAACAAAACUGGGCAUCAAUCACACGUAAUGUGUUAAAAACGGAGGCGAUUUUAUUUUUUAUUUUAAAGUCUACAUGAUUUUAAACAGACUUCAUACAGAAAACAUUUUUAUACUGAGGUGCCACAAACUACUUGUUGAUAAAACUAACUUCAGUAACAGCCAAAAUAUGUACAUAGAUAUUAACAGGCCACUCUCAAACCAGGACACAGCUAAAGGAAUCACCUGAUAAAAAAUAUGUUUAUUUUGUAAAGAACAUUUACAGUAUUAACAGUCUUGGUGCACUUUAAAAGCUGGUUGUGAAAGCCUUGUUACAGAGUGUUUCCCUACAAUAUUUGGGGAUGCACCAACAGACACUUCAAGCGCAAGAGGGAUUCUGAGGGACUGAACAUCACAAGCACAGUCAAGAGCCAACAACGCAAGAACCAGGUCUGGGGCAAAAUCUAUGUUGCUGCUAAGGAACAUCAUGAGGCCUGAGAAGUGUUGCUGGUCAAACGGGAUCUCCAUCUCUGUUUUCCUGCAUCUAUCGUUUCCUGCAAGAUUAGCUGACCGGCGGGGGGAGGUCUGGCUAGAGAAGACUCCCUCUGAGAGGGCUGAGCAGCUUCUCAUAACCAUCGCUGGACAGCAGGAUCAUCCUGAGCACAGCAUCCUUUGUUCAGGGGAGAGGGGGAAAUCAUUCUCAAUGUUGCUGUUGUUUUUGAUAGGACAGCAGGGCAUUGUGGGUAUUUAUAUGCAUGCUUCUCUGUAGGGGUUACCAGAAGUCCCUCCCCCCCUCCUCCUCCAAUCAGUACGGUUGAUUAGGUGUCACAUCUCCACCCCUUUUCUCUUGGUCGACACAAUAUUAAACCCACUAAUGAUGAUGACCCACUGGCUCAUGUAUUCCUUGAAGGAGAGGACAAAAGUAUUUAUUUUGCCAUUUUGUACUUUGUUGUUUUGGAAAGCCACUUGUGUGGCCCUCUGGUGUGUGUAUGUCUCUGUCUGUUAGUGUUGCACUAGUCUGAUACACUGUAGAGGCAUGAUAGACUACAGCAUGCAGAGAAAUGUUUCUCACCACUCAUUUACCAUGUUUGAUUUAGAUUUGAUUAGUCCUAAUUUGUUCAAAUUAGCUUUCUCAUCGCGGCUCGCUUAGUAAAAUCCCCGACUGUUUAUGCACGACAUUAUAUUUAACUUGAUGAAUACAUUAAACUGCCAAUGAACUCAAUGUCCUCUAGUUAUCUUAAGGCUUUCAGCUGCUCACUUAUUGUAUAUGUGGGUCAUUCACAUUUCACACUCAGAAAUUUUAAUUAAACUUUGAUUCAUCCUC